AUGGUGGUGGGGGCGCCGGCCUCCCGGGCGCUUCUACUGCUGCCGCCGCUCCUGCCGCUGCCGCAGGUGGCGCUGGGCUUCGCGGACGGCAGCUGCGACCCGUCGGACCUGUGCCCGCCCCAGGCCCGCUGGAGCAGCCUGUGGCACGUGGGGCUUAUCUUACUCGCUGUCCUUCUGCUGCUGCUGUGUGGGGUCACAGCCAGCUGUGUCCGGUUCUGCUGCCUCCGGAAACGGGUACACAGCCAGCCACACCUGCCACCAACACCUCAGCCUUGUGACCUGACGGUCAGCCCUAUGGAUAGUGACAGCCCAGUGCACAGCACGGUGACUUCUUACAGCUCUGUGCAGUACCCGCUGGGCAUGCGGCUGCCCCUUCCCUUUGGGGAGCUGGACCUCGACUCCAUGACCCCUCCUGCCUACAGCCUGUAUGCCCCUGAGCUGCCACCCUCCUAUGAAGAGGCUGUCAAGAUGGCCAAACCCAGCCAGGAAGAGCCACCCCCCUCUUAGUAACCCAGUCCUCUCCCUGGGGCCUGAGGCCUAGAGAUACUGGCGGGGCUCCAGGAGCCAGGCACCAAUGCCCAACACCCCUGGCUAGAGCCCUGGUGCCCCUCAAGGGCAGAGGAAAACUCUCUUGAACCUCCCAAUUCUGCCAGCUACCCUGUGCUCAGAGGGGACUGGCGCAAGGACACUUGCAGCCAGGGACCCCCCCAGCACACCCCUGCCAUCCGUCCCCAGGGAAGGCCAGCCCCCCCAGCACAUUGCCACAGCCCCGGCCUUGCUGCUAUGUAAUGCCAGGCAGCCCAGCCAGCUGGCCCUGUGUUGACCACACACAUG